AUGCAUCUACGCCCCGAUCAUGCCGUCCGGGACAUCCGAACCCUCCACGCCUUCAUCCGCGCCCAUCCUCUCGGACUUCUAACCACUUCCCUCCCAUCGGAGCACCACCCGACACUCCAAUGCAGUCAUAUCCCAUGGGUGCUGGAUAGUAAGCCCAGUGCACAGGGGAAUGAUCCGCCAUUUCUUGGCACGUUGAGGGGCCACAUUGCCCGCGCGAAUCCCCAGAGCAAAGCCAUUGUCGAAGCAGUGACGGAACGGCCCUCUUCCGGUGCGCGGGCGGACCGGAAAGGCACUCUUCUCUCGGAAGAUGUUAUGAUUGUUUUUACCAGCCCGGUGGAUCACUAUAUUACACCGAGCUUCUAUACUCAGGGGAAGCUGGGGGGAAAGGUUGCGCCUACGUGGAACUAUGCUGCUGUGCAGGUCUACGGGCGUGCGGAGAUUUACCAUGACUCGGGGGAUGAGAGUACUGGGGCGUUUCUGCAUCAGCAGUUGUCUGAUCUUGCGCGGUUAGGUGAGGAAGGGGUCAUGGGGUUCCAGGAAGAUGCAGCCAAGGUCAAUGGUGAAGGUGAAGGUGAAGGUGGACACUCCCCGUGGAAGAUCGCCGAUGCGCCCAAGGAGUACAUUGCGGCCUUGAAGAAGAAUAUCGUGGGGAUGCGCAUUGAGAUCACCCGGAUCGAGGGCCGUUUCAAGGUCAGCCAGGAACGCCCGGUAAAUGAUCGGAGUGGAGUGGUGGAGGGAUUAGAAGGGAUGCAGAGUGAUCGAGCAGGACAGAUGGCUGAGUUUGUGAAGAAUGGCUGUGUUAUAGAAAGAUCUAGAUCUUAG